AUGUCCGAGCAGUUGGAGGAGCAGCGAGGCAGCGCAUCACUGAACAAUUCAGUACAAGACACUUAUGAUGAUAAGUUGAAAAUAGUCAAUUCUCACAUUGAAACCUUUCUCAAGCAACCUAACAUUACGAAUCCCAAUGGUAGUAACCUGAAGAAAAUAUACACCACCUCCAUCUCCACACUUCAAGCACUUGAUACCCUUAAAUCAAAUGAACGUGAUCCUUGGUUGAUAUAUAUUAUUCUGGAUAAAUUAGAUCAUGAAUCCCAGGUGUUGUGGUCUCGUGAAAUUGGUGAGGAUAUACCUAAAUGGGAUCAGUUUACGGAUUUUCUCAAGAAGCGCUACAAAUCCUUGCAAGUGUGUCCAUCCUCUGCUCAGAAGACAGGUUCCGGUGUUGAGAAUACAAAGGGGCAAAAGAAAUCCAAGGUAGAUAAGUCUAAUGCAUCUUCCCUCAUGGCCUCGAAGGCUCAAGAUAACUGCCAAUUCUACACUCACGAAUUAGCAUCCUGUGAAUAUCCUCCAUGCAAAUCAUGCUCAGGAAAACAUAAUAAACUGUUGCAUGAUGCAUUUCCCUCAACCAGCACGCAUGGAAAGGAUAAACCUGAUACCCCUCCGCCGUCAUCCGGAGAUAAAUCAAACCCAUCUUCUCUCAGUUGUACUGAAGACGGGAGAGGUAAUUCUUCUCGAGUCCUCUUAGCCACUGCUCGUGUGAGAAUCCUCGAUUGUCAUUCCAAUGUCCAUUAUUGUCGAGCCAUUUUGGACGCAGGUUCUCAGGUCAAUUUGAUCACCACCAGGCUUUGUCAGAGACUUGCCCUUCCCAUGUUACCAUCGAAUUGUCUUGUUCAAGGGAUUGGUGCCAGUUCUCACACCACUCGUCACCAAGUGUCAGCAAGAAUCCAGGUAGACAAAAAUGAAGGCAAUGAGAUCAUACCUUUGGAUUGUCUUGUGAUGAAGCGGAUUACUGGUGAUCAGCCCAAAUGGAACAAGAGCAAGCCCAUCGAUUUGUUGAUUGGUGGUCAACUGUUCUGGCAUUUAUUGCUUGAAGAAACCCAUACAUUUUCCCCAAAUUCUCCUUUGCUAAAGGCCAGUGUCUUUGGAUGGCUAGUGGUUGGGCCCUAUUCCAAUGCAGAGACUCAAUCGUCAGCACGAGCCACUUGCAAUGUUUCCACUUUAGCCAGUAUAGACUCUGCAAUUAGGAAAUUUUGGGAGAUUGAGGAGAUUCCUCAGGGUUUUGAGCCUGAUAAAGAGCAUAGGGAUGUUGAGGAAUUUUUCACAUCUACUACUACCAGAAACAGUGAGGGUCGUUAUGUUGUUCGCCUUCCCCUUAACGAUAACAUCAAGCACCUGGGCAACAAUCGAUUUUCGUCAGUGAAGCAGCUCUUGUACCUGGAAAAAAGGCUCAACAAGAACGAGGAACUCAAGCAGGAGUACUCCAAAGUAAUUGAGGAAUAUCUUCAAUUGGGCAUCGUCGAACUUGUCCCUCACGAUGAGCUCAAUCUUCCCUCUUUUUACCUUCCCCACCAUUGUGUGGUCAAGGAGCAUUCCACUACCACCAAAGUGAGAAUUGUUUUUAAUGCGAGUGCGAAGUCUCAAACGGGUUUAAGUCUCAAUGAUUGCCUGAAAGUAGGACCCAUCGUUCAGCCUACACUGGUUACAAUCCUUUGGAGAUUCCGUCUUCACCAAUUCGCACUCACUUGUGAUAUUACGAAGAUGUACCUUCAGAUUCAGCUUCACUCAAGUGAUCGAGAUUUCCAAAGAUUUGUUUGGAGAAAGGACUCAUCAGACACUAUCAAGGACUAUCGUUUUCGCACUGUAUGUUUUGGUGUUGCCUCAUCGCCUUUUCUCGCCACUCGUGCAAUCAAUCAAUUAGCAGACGAUGAAGGGAACAAAUUUCCAUUGGCAGCAGCUCCAAUUAAGUCCAAUUUUUAUGUUGAUGAUGGUCUAAUAUCUGUUCCAGAUCAGGGCACACUUUUUGAGUUGAAGCAGCAAUUAAUCCAAAUAAUGGAUUGUGCGUGUAUUAAAUUGGCAAAAUUCCGCACAAAUUGUGAUGAUCUGAAAGAGAUGUCUUCAAAUGAUCAGAAUGACCUCACAUUUUCUGAUCACACUGUCAAAACUUUGGGGAUGAUUUGGAACCCUGAGUUAGAUACAUUUCAAUACAAAGUUUCUCUACCAGUCCAGUCCACUGAAGUAUCUAAGAGGCAGAUGUUAUCCACAUUGGCUAGGAUUUUCGAUCCUAUAGGUCUCAUUAACCCAAUUGUCGUGGUUGCAAAAAUGUUACUUCAAGAGGCCUGGAGCUAUAAAGACAUUAACUGGGAUACUCCCGUUCCUACAGAUUUGCAAAGGAAAUGGUCUGCUUUCAUGCAGGAUCUUCCAGGAGUCGAAACUCUGAGAAUUCCAAGAUGGGUGUCUGAAGUCUCCUCACCAGUAUCCAUGGAACUUCAUGCAUUUUCUGAUGCCAGUACACUAGGAUAUGGUGCAGCUCUGUUCCUCGUUAGUGUGGAUUCAAAUGGCCAUCGCUCAUCAAGGAUUCUCACUGCCAAAUCUGGAAUAACUCCUUUGAAACCGAAAGAUUCCGCUACUGUGGCUCUGACUAUUCCCAAAGCUGAGUUAUGUGGUGCUGUGAUGGCCACCAAACUCAUGGAACAAGUAUCGCAGUCUCUUGAGAUUUCGAAACGUUUCUUUUGGAGUGACGCUACUGUCAUAUUGUAUCAGCUUCAUUCUCCAUCCGAAAAACGAGAGAAAUUUGUUCGAAAUCGAGUUCAUGAGAUUCUCAAAUCAUCCGAAGCUAAAGACUGGAGAUAUGUGCCCACCAAAGAAAAUCCUGCGGAUUUAUUAUCAAGAGGUUCUUCUUCCUCCCAACUUAUCAAAUCUGACAUGUGGUGGCUUGGACCCUCAUGGUUAAGGGAGUCAGAAGAACGAUGGCCUCCAAAGUUCGAUGUUUUAUGCUUACCACCUAUCCAUGACAGAACAAAUAUUGGAUGUGUAAAUAUUGCUGUCCAAAACAACGACUUUAUGUCCAUCUACGAAAAAUUAAUAUCAAGAGUUAGUAGUUUUCGUCGAAUGCAGCGUUCAUUGGCUUUUAUUGUAAGAGCUGUGUCCCUUUUUAAGCAAAAAUUGACGAGUAAAUCUUCUGAGCCAUUGCAUGGUCCCUUGACUCUGGGGGAGCUCAGAUUUAUUCGUCAGCUCAGGCCCUUUGUUGAUGAUGAUGGUGUUAUUCGCAUAGGUGGUAGACUUGAAAAUUCUCCUGAAUCCUACGACAUGCGCCAUCCUCGCUUACUUCCUAAAGGAAAAUUGGCUGAGCUGAUAGCCAAGCAAUUCCAUGCUGAUUUGUUGCAUGCUGGGCCACAAUUGUUGCUGGCUGGACUUCGUCAGAAGUUUUGGCCACUUGGUGGACGAAAUUUGACUCGCAAGGUCUCACGAGAAUGUGUCAGGUGUGUGAAAGUGGAUCCCCCUACUCAAGAACAACUCAUGACAGGUCUCAGAAAGGGAACCACCACCAAGGCAUAUAUUGCACUCUUUGUAUGUAUGUCAACAAAAGCUCUCCAUUUAGAACUUGUGAGUUCGUUGACAACGGAGGCAUUCAUCGCUUCUUUGCGUCGGUUUGUGGCAAGGCGUGGGAUUCCUUCUCACAUAUUUUCGGACAAUGGAACUACUUUCGUUGGGGCUGAUAGAGAGCUCAAAAAUCUUCUUACAUCUUCAGCCUCCCAAGAAGAAAUCACCACUUUUCUUUCCACUCUUGAAGUUCAGUGGGUGUUUCAGCCUCCCCGAGCGCCUCAUCAUGGGGGUUUAUGGGAGGCUGCUGUACGUUCCUGUAAAUAUCAUUUGAAACGGAUUUUGGGACAAACUCCGCUCAAUUACGAGGAAAUGUGUACUGUUCUAUGUCAAGUAGAAGCUGUUUUGAACAGUCGCCCCAUUAUCCCAGUCUCUUCAUCAGUGGAUGAUCCGCCAUAUAUUACACCAGGACAUUUCCUUCUUGGUGCUCCACCUGCUCAAUUACCUGAUCCCACUCUUUACCAUUUGCCUAUCAACCAUCUAGAUCGCUGGCAACUUUGUCAAAAAUUGCAGCAAGAUUUCACCAAAAGGUGGAAGAAAGAAUACUUGCAUGCCUUGCAGAUUCGAUCGAAGUGGAGUAAGGAAUAUUCCAAUUUGGAGGUGGGUGAUGUAGUCCUGUUUAUGGAGGAUCAAAUGCCAUCUACACAAUGGCCAAUGGGGAUCAUCACACAGGUCUUUCCCGGCAAAGAUGGGAAAACAAGGGUCAUCAACGUGAAAACAACACGAGGAGUUUUCAAAAGACCAGUCACGAAAGUUGUGCUUCUUCCAAAGUCUGACUGA